AUGACUUUCGGAGGAUCAGCAACUGUGCUAAAUGCAGCGAUCCACGAUAAUGACGACGUUGAGAUCUCUCCGAUAGGACAAGGCGAUACUAUAUCGCCGAAGCUGUUCACGGCUGCAUUGCAAUGGAUAAUGAAAUCACUAUCCUGGGAAGAAAGAGGCAUACGUGUUGAUGGAAGAUUUAUUUCGAACCUUCGUUUCGCUGACGACAUCGUUCUCUUUCCGAGCAGUAUCGGUGAAGCAGGAACCAUGCUCAACGUAUUGAACGAAGCAGGGAAGAUAAUAGGACUGCAAAUAAACAGAGAGAAGGCACAGUUCAUGAAGAAUGCUCACUGCGAGGACGGAGAGGUACAACUUGAAGACUCCGAAAUCGUGAAAACUUCGUCAUACGUAUACCUCGGACGUUCUAUGAACAUGGAAAACGACUUGAAGGAAGUACUGAAUAGAAUAAUGAGAGCAGCAUGGGUAGCAUUCGCAGCCGUCAGGGAAGGUGUGGACCAACUGACGGACCAAGAUCUUCGUACCCAUCUGUUCGACUCGACAGUUCUUCCAGCGCUCUGUUGCGCAGCAGAGAGGUGGGCGGACACCAUUGCCACGUCUAGGAAGCUACUUACUACCCACAGAGCCCUUGAGAGAUGCCUUUUGAAGUUCAACCGGCGCACACAACACCUAGCCGUCUUCGCAGCUUCGACUUAA